AUGGCGUCGCGAGGGCGGUUCGCGGCGUUGGUGAUGGAUGACGCGACGGGGGCGCUCGCGGGGGCGUGCGAGGUGUCGAUCAUGCGAGACGCGGACGUGCUCGAGGCGAUUGGACGACGACGUGGGUUCGAGCGCGCGGUCGCCAGGGGGGAGUACGCGUACGUGUCGUGCGCGGCGGUGCGAGCGGAGGCGCGCGGGCGAGGGAUCGGGACGGCGCUCGUGCGGGCGAGCGAAGCGACGGCGCGCGCGUGGGGGUUUCGAUGCGUCGCCCUGCACGUGUACGAAUCCAACGUCGGGGCGCGGCGGGUGUACGAACGCGCGGGGUACGAGGUGUGCGAUCGCCCGCGGCGGACGUGGAGCGAGACGCUGCGGAAUGGGCAGAAAUUAUUAAUGGUUCGCGCGGUGUGA